AUGCAAUUGAUACCACUUCCUCCUUUACCUUCGUUAAAUCAUCAACAAUCACAUCCUCAUAUUCAACAAGAUUCUAUACCAUUAAAUUCAAGGCCGCAUCUUCCUCCUUUACAACAUUCUAUAGAAUCACCUCCAUCUCAAAACCUUUCUUCAUUCAACUAUAAUCAUAAUUCAUCCAAUUCUAUAUCUCAACAACAACCUCCUUUACCGCAGGUAACGCAUUCUCAUCAUCAAUCAUAUCAACCACAACAACCGUCAUUGUCACAUAUACAUCAACAGCCGUUACCGCAGAACUCUCAUCACGUGCAUCACCAGCAACAUUUACAUCAUCAUCCUUCGCAUCAACCUCAUGUAUAUAAUAAUGAUUUGGUCUCUGAAAGAAGUCAACAUGAUCAUCAAUCUUCGGCUUCAGUUGCUUACAAUAAUUCUCUCAAUCGCCAACAAUAUUAUUCUCCAAUUUAUCCAAAUGAUAAUGGUUCUUCUCAACAAAUGAUCACUUCUCAACCUUCAAACAUGGUUCCUCCUCACGAUCAUCAGAUUUCGGGUGUCAGAAAUAUCCAAAUGCAACAUCCUCUUCAACAUCCUUCUCAACAUCCUCUUCAACAUCCUUCACAACAUCCUUCUCAACAUCCUCUUCAACAUCCUUCACAACAUCCUUCUCAACAUCAACAUCCUCAAUAUUCUCAACAUCUUUCUCAACAUCUUUCUCAACAUCCUUCUCAGCAUCCUUCUCAACAUCCUUCUCAACAUCCUUCUCAACAUCCUUCUCAACAUCCUUCUCAACAUCCUUCUCAACCGGUACAGCAAAUGUCUCAACCCUACAAAAAAGCUCAGCCGGUUCCUUUAACUGAUCAUCAAACUUUGUCUCAAAUUCCGUCGUCUUCUCCUAAAUUGCACCAUUUACAACCUUCUCAACAGCCAUCUGUUAUGCAAUAUCCUCAUGAACAUCGGGAAGCUUCUCCAUCUUAUUUGGCUCCUCCGCAUCAAUCUGGAAGUAAUUCAUCCGUAUCUACUCGUUCUUCUUCUCCUGCUCCAAGUACUCCGGUUGCUUCUUCCACAAUCCUUUUUUCUACUCAUAACAGCCCAAAUAGUAACUUGCCUCAAAUUGUUGAAAAAUCUAUUGAUCAAAGUGCUCCAUCUAAAAAACGCCGCCAAAAACAACCAAGACCUAUCGCUCCUCUUGGUCCUUUACCCAAUCAACAACCGGUAACAACCUCUACUCAAUCUCAAUCUAAUGUUAGUCAUGAUGCUCAUGUAUUCGUACAGUAUGUAGUUCCAACUACUAAUCCUGUUUCGGAUACUGGUUCUCAACUUGUUUCUUCAAAACCAUUGACCCGUCCUCGAAAAGAUAGUAUAGUUAAUGGUGUAGUUUCUUCUUCACCUUCUUCUCAAAGACGUAGUAGAAAACUUAAGGAGGCUACCGUACCAAAAAGUUUUAUAGAUAUGAAUGAAGAAGAAAAAAAGAUUAAUCGAUCUUCACCUGAAAUUCCUUCUGAAAAUCCUUCUUCAACUGACAUUAUAACAAAUCAAAAUCUUAAACGUGAUUAUUCUUGUCUACCUGAAACUCAAGUUGUUGAUUCUGAUAAUAAGAGAUAUAAAGCAUCUCAAGAAAUUAAUGAUGGUUCAACUAUGAUGAAUGAUGUUAUUGUAUCUAAGGAUGAAAAUAUUGAGACUGCUUUGAUUUUAAAUUCAUUGAAAAAUAAUAACAAUAUUUGUGAAAAAUCAAUCCCUCUCAUUUCUACAACUUCAUUAGUUGUUACUAAUGCCGACGUAGAUAUUAAUACAAAUGUUGUCGAUAAGAAUGUUAUUAAUACGAAUGUCUUUGAUAUAAAUAUGGUUACAAAUGUAGAUAUGAACGUAGUUAAGAAUCUCGAUGCUAUUAACGUCAAUACGAAUGUAGAUAAGAAUGUUAAUACGAAUGUAGAUAAGAGUGUCAAUAAGAAUGUCAAUACGAAUGUAGAUAAGAUUGUCAAUAAGAAUAUCGAUGCAAAUGUUAAAGAAUUAUCAAUACAUGAGGAGAAAUAUGUUAAAGAGGAGAAUGAUGAUGACCCUCAGGUGAAAUCUAUUAAUAUUUCUCGUAGUGGUUCUUUUAACUCCUCUAAACGGUAUCAAUCUCCUGUUAAAAAGUCUUCUAAGAACAUUGAUAAAAUGAUUUAUGAUAAUAAUAACGUUGGUAAUCGUGUUAUUAAAAACAUUGUACAUAUUAAACAAGAGCAUAUUUCAAUAGAUAAUGCAGGAAAUGAUUCUGAUAAUGAUUUAGCAAUGGAUGAUGAUUCGGACGAUGAAGAGUUACCUAAACGAAAGCAAUCUAUAAAUGAUAAAAAUGAUAAUGAUAAUAACGAUCAAUGGAAUAGUGACGAUAUGGAAACAGAGGAAGAAGUUGAAGAAGAAGUUGGAAGUUUUCAAACCAUUCCUUCGAUAGGUGGUAAUAAUGAUAAUAUAACAUUGGUUUAUUCAUCACCUCCUUCAUCGGCUUCUCCUUUGUUAGAUACUAACUGUGUUAAGGUUGAGGAUGUUAGUCGAGUUAAGGUUGAAGAUGUUAGUCAGGUUAAGGUUGAAGAUGUUAGUGUUAGUCGGGUUAAGGUUGAAGAUGUUACUUCAUCUAGUUCAACAUCUAGUCAUGGUAGUAAUAAAUCAGAUGUUUCAGAUACUUUAUCAGCAUCACCUACAAACGUCAAUGGUAAUGGUAAAUCUCAAAGACCUUAUCCUACUAGACGUAGAUCUACAAUGAGAGACGAUGAAAAAUUAGAAUUGGAUGCAAUAGAAUGGGAAAAAAAUAUAGAGAUUCCUCAUCAUAUUUGGGAUGAAACGUUACGAGUGUUUGAAAUUGUAAAACAUUCUAAAGAAAUGAAGAAUAGGCAACCUCAUCGGAAAAGAAAUCAUAUUCUUGCAUCAAUUCUUUUUAUCCUUUGUAGACAGAAUGGACUUCCUCGUACAUUUGUGGAAAUAUGUAAUGCAGCGUCUAUUAGAAAGCAAGAAAUUGGAACUUAUUAUCGUCUUAUGCUUAAAGUAUUUGAGAAUAAUGGAUUAGGUGGUGGGUCUAAUGGUACGGUUGAUUCUGCUGAAUAUUUGAAACGAUGGUGUCAGAAUCUUAAACUUCCGUCACAUAUACUUGAUGCGGCUAUUCAUGUAUACAGACAAGCAAGUGAAUUGAAUAUCACAACAGGAAAAUGCCCGGUUUCAGUUGGAGCAGCAUCAAUAUGGUUAUCAAUUGCUUCGUGGAACGAGAGUCGUUCACUAAUUUGGGGUCCAAAUGGCAAUGAUGAUCACGAACAAAUAAAGUGUGAACACAAGGAUGUUGCCGCAGUUGCUGGUGUAGUAAAUGCCACACUUGUCGGUUGUUAUAAGAAUUUAUUAAAAUUCAAGGAAAAACUAUUACCACCAGAAUUUUUAAGAGAAGCAAAAACUAGGCCUCCAGAUAUUCUUAAAAGCGAUAUCAUUGAGACUAAUACUAGUAAAAAUGUGAAGGAUGAAAAUAUUGACAACAAAAAGAUUACGAAUAGUCCUUUAUUAGACAACAAUAUUAUAACUGGUAGUCCACCUCCUAUGGAUGACGUUGAUAAUUAUAAAGAAGCAGAAGAGACAAUAAUAUCGUCGCAAACAGUAAAAGACGAACAAAUAUCAAUAUCAACUAUAAAGACUGAAGAUGCAUCUGAUUCAGUAACAAAAAUGAAACCAGAUUCUUUUAGAGACAAUAAUGAUGAAAAAACUGCCACUAGACUGGCAUGGGAAUUGGACCGGACUGGGUCCUGUAGAUUUAGGAAUAUACGUUUAACGUUAAAAAGUAGAUUAGUUUGCAGCAAAUCACAAAAUCCACGGGCAAGAUCUUUAUCACAUGAUAAAAUUCCCGCAUUAAAAGAAAUUCUGGAGAUGGAAAUUUCAUAA